AUGGUCGCAGAUGGGGCCACAGUCACGAUAAAAACUGCGUCCGAUUUAGGCAUACAGUACAUUCACUGCUGUGCGCAUAUUAUAAACUUAGCCGUAUCAACAACUCUCACCCUUCCUGUCUGUGCGAAUGCUCUGAGAAAAGUAAAGGCCGUUGUAUCGAAGCUCAACAAAAGUGGAAGAAUGAAGAAAACCUUCAAAAGGCUCCUUGAAGAGGAAAAUCUCCCUAAAGUCGGUCAUCCCUAUGACUGA